AUGGGCUGUAAACUUAGUAAAAUAAUCAGGCAAAGCAGCCGCAACACUGUGGCGCCGCCGCUACGUCGAACCACUUCCUACUCGGUGAACUCACGAGACGCCAAUCUGAGCUCAUAUGAAGCAGCCUGCAGAGCUGAUCCGGAUCUUCGGAACUUCGAUUCGAGCCUCCAAGCUCGGACGAGCCGAGCCAUCAACUCCAUAGCUGUAAGCCUCGAUGUUCAAAGCGUCUCCCUCGACUCCCUCCGGGAUGUAACUGAAUGUUUUCUAGAAAUGAAUCGAGGAGUUGUCGAAAUCAUUGUCCAAAACAAAACGGAUAUUUGGAAAAACAAAGAAUUAGCCGAUCUCGUAGAUGAUUAUUUCGAAAAUAGCCUCCAAACCCUAGAUUUUUGCACUGCCCUUGAGUCCUGCCUCAAACGCGCUUCUCAUAUUCAAUCCAUAAUCAAUGUCGCCAUCAGGAAAUUCGAGGAAGAACAUUUUGAGGGUUCGGAAUGUGGAUCUGUCAAAAAUUAUUCAAAAACUUUAGAGGAACUGAGGAAUUUUAGAGGGACGGAUGAUCCCUUUAACGAUGAAUUUUUUAACUUGUUUAAUUUGGUGUACAAGCAGCAAAUCUUGAUGUUGGAGAAAUUGCAAGCGAGGAAGCGAAAGCUGGAUAAGAAAUUGGGUAGAUUGAAGGCAUGGAGGAAGGUGUCGAAUGUGAUAUUCGUGGUGGCUUUCGCCUCGGUUUUGAUAUGCUCUGUGGUGGCGGCUGCAGUCAGUGCACCUCCGGUGUUAACCGCAUUGGCUGCAGCUGCCUCGGUGCCUUUGGGGUCGAUGGGGAAAUGGCUUAACUCGAUUUGGAAGAAGUACCAGAAUGAGUUGAUGAGGCAAAGGGAAAUACUCCUUUCAAUGCAGAUUGGGAAUUACAUUAUGAUUAAAGAUUUGGAUGGUAUUCGGGUAUUGGUAGACAGGUUUCAGAUCGAGAUUGAUGCAUUGUUGGCGAAUGCGGAUUUUGCAAUGAGAGAAGAUGAGGCGGUGGUGAUCGCGGUGGAGGAGAUCAAGAAGAAUGUAAAUGGAUUUAUGAAAACUAUACACGAUUUGAAUGAACACGCCGAUAAGUGUAGUCGAGAAACAAGGAUGGCAAGAGCAUUAAUAUUGCGAAGAAUUAUGGAUCAUCCUAAUGGCUCCAACCAGAACUCUAGUAUGUUUUCUUGA